AUGAAGCUGAGUGGUAGUUGUGAGAAAGCACAGGUUGAGGGAUGCAUUGUGAGCUGGAAACGGCAUUCUACGCCGAUAGGGCUUCGGGGGGGAUGGGACGUCCACAUCUUCAUCCCAGGGCAAUUCCCGGGUGCCCCUUUUGAGAAAGAAUACCCUUUUUGCUUGCUUGCUUGCGGAGAGAACUGUGUUGGCCCGCAACACGGGACAGGCAUGGUAAACGUGACAUGUCUGCUUGCCCCUCGGCCGAAAUCUGGUCUGUACCCUCGCCGCCCUCCAUUGCAGCACCUUUGUUUCUGCUUUAUACUACCCAGUGAUUGGCUUUGCAGACGUGUAAUAGUUGAUCUUUGCCAUCAGCAAAGUUCACAAAAUCUCAUGGCUCCGCUCAAGAUUCUCAUCGCCGGCGGCGGCAUCGCAGGUCUCUCGGCAGCCGUGGGCCUUCGCCGCGCUGGCCACGAGGUCCACGUCUACGAACGGUCCGCGCUCAACAAUGAGAUCGGCGCCGCGAUCCAUGUGUGUCCCAACGCCGCGCGGGCGCUUCUCGCAUGGGGUCUCGAUCCCGUUAAGGCCAAGUUCGUGCUGGCGAAAUGCAGCUUCCGCGCCAAGGGUGACACGCUGGAGAAGUUUCACGUCGGCACGGAGGAUUACAUUGAAGAGCGUUACGGUGCGCCUUGGUACUUUGCGCAUCGUGUGGAUCUGCAUGAGGAGUUGAAGAGGUUGGCAACGGAGCCGGAGGAACAAGGUACCGGGUAUGCUGCCAACGGAUCGGCUACGAAUGGUUCGAAUGGGCAUACGAAGACGGGACUAGGGCGUCCUGCUACUGUUCACUUGCAAAGCGAGGUGACAAACUAUGACCCCGAAGCGGCUUCACUAACGUUGGCUUCCGGGGAGACCAUCAUCGGUGAUGUUGUCAUUGCCGCGGAUGGUGUGCACACCAUUGGUGUCGAAGCCAUCCUGGGAUACUCAAACCCAGCGGUGCCUCAAGGCCACUACAACUUCUGCUUCAGGUUUCUCAUUCCAGCGGCCGAUAUUGAGGCAGACCCGGUGACAAAGUUCUGGACCGAAGACGACGAUGGGCGCAUGAAAUUUCUGGUCGGAGACAGGAAGCGUCUUGUCUCGUAUCCUUGUCGGAAGCGAUCGUGUUAUGCUAACAUGAGCAGCAAUGAGGUCCACAACUUUGUGGCCAUCUUCCACAACGACGAUAUCGAAUCGACGAAGAAGGAGGACUGGCACGCGUCUGUUGGUAAGGAGAAGUUGCUUGAAAGAUACUCUGACUUCCACCCCAGUGUCAUUGCCAUCUUGGACAAAGCUACCGAGGUGAAGCAGUGGACUUUGCUCUAUCGCGCUCCCAUUCCUACAUGGGUCAAGGGAAAGAUGGCUCUGGCUGGUGACGCAGCUCAUCCCAUGCUACCUAACCAGGGCCAAGGAGGAGCUCAAGGCAUCGAAGACGGCGUUGCUCUCGGCAUCGCACUUGCUUCCGCCGAAGCCAAAGACGUCGAGAAAAGACUACGUGUUUAUGAGAACAUCCGCAGAAACCGCGCCAGCGUAAUGCAGAUCUUCAGCAACGCGGGACAAGAAGAGCCGCAGCUGAUCCGGGAGGAAGCGUCAAAGUAUAUUCCUGCAGACAAAGUGCCGAAAAACCCCGAGGAAUUCUUCGCGUACAACUUUGGAUAUGACAUCAUCCGGGAUAGCGUCCAACAGGUUCAAAAGGUGGAGGCGUCAUUCGAGCUGCCAUCGUCAUUCUUCCAAAAGGUGCCCGGAAGGGGCGUUUAUCCGUGA